AUGGCCCCACCUGCCUGUCUCAGCCACAGAGACCUGAAGCCCGAGAACCUGCUUUUGGAUGAGAAAAACAACAUCCGCAUCGCAGACUUUGGCAUGGCGUCCCUGCAGGUGGGGGACAGCCUCCUGGAGACCAGCUGUGGGUCCCCCCACUAUGCGUGUCCGGAGGUGAUUAAGGGGGAGAAGUAUGACGGCCGCCGGGCAGAUAUGUGGAGCUGUGGAGUCAUUCUCUUUGCCCUGCUUGUGGGGGCUCUGCCCUUUGAUGAUGACAAUCUCCGUCAGCUGCUGGAGAAGGUGAAACGGGGCGUCUUCCAUAUGCCCCACUUCAUCCCUCCAGACUGCCAGAGCCUCCUGAGAGGGAUGAUCGAAGUGGAGCCUGAGAAAAGGCUCAGUCUGGAGCAAAUUCAGAAACAUCCCUGGUACCUGGGCGGGAAACACGAGCCAGACCCUUGCCUGGAGCCAGCCCCAGGCCGCCGGGUGGCCAUGCGGAGCCUGCCAUCGAACGGAGAGCUGGACCCCGACGUCCUGGAGAGCAUGGCCUCGCUGGGCUGCUUCAGGGACCGCGAGCGGCUGCACCGCGAGCUGCGCAGCGAGGAGGAGAACCAAGAAAAGAUGAUCUACUAUCUGCUUUUGGAUCGGAAGGAGCGGUAUCCCAGCUGUGAGGACCAGGACCUGCCUCCCCGGAAUGACGUCGACCCCCCUCGGAAACGUGUGGAUUCCCCCAUGCUGAGCCGUCACGGGAAGCGGCGGCCAGAGCGGAAGUCCAUGGAAGUUCUGAGCAUCACGGAUGCUGGGGGCGGCGGCUCCCCCGUGCCCACCCGACGCGCCCUGGAGAUGGCCCAGCACAGUCAGAGAUCCCGCAGUGUCAGUGGAGCCUCCACCGGUCUGUCCUCCAGCCCUCUCAGCAGCCCAAGGAGUCCUGUCUUUUCCUUCUCACCUGAGCCCGGGGCCGGAGAUGAGGCUCGGGGCGGGGGCUCCCCCACUUCCAAAACGCAGACGCUGCCUUCUCGAGGCCCCAGGGGUGGGGGCGCCGGGGAGCAGCCCCCACCCCCCAGUGCCCGUUCCACGCCCCUGCCUGGUCCCCCAGGCUCCCCGCGCUCCUCUGGGGGUACCCCCUUGCAUUCGCCCCUGCACACGCCCCGGGCCAGUCCCACUGGGACGCCGGGAACGACGCCACCCCCAAGCCCCGGCGGUGGAGUCGGGGGAGCCGCCUGGAGGAGUCGUCUCAACUCCAUCCGCAACAGCUUCCUGGGCUCCCCUCGCUUUCACCGGCGCAAGAUGCAGGUCCCCACUGCCGAGGAGAUGUCCAGUUUGACGCCAGAGUCCUCUCCAGAGUUGGCAAAACGCUCCUGGUUUGGGAACUUCAUCUCCUUGGACAAAGAAGAACAAAUAUUCCUUGUGCUAAAGGACAAACCUCUCAGCAGCAUCAAAGCGGACAUCGUCCAUGCCUUCCUGUCGAUCCCCAGCCUGAGUCACAGUGUGCUGUCACAGACCAGCUUCAGGGCCGAGUACAAGGCCAGUGGCGGCCCCUCCGUCUUCCAGAAGCCCGUCCGAUUCCAGGUGGACAUCAGCUCCUCAGAGGGUCCAGAGCCUUCCCCACGACGGGACAGCAGUGGUGGUGGUGGAAUCUACUCCGUCACCUUUACGCUCAUCUCCGGUCCCAGCCGUCGGUUCAAGCGAGUUGUGGAGACCAUCCAGGCACAGCUGCUGAGCACUCACGACCAGCCCUCCGUGCAGGCCCUGGCAGAUGAGAAGAACGGGGCCCAGACCCGGCCUGCUGGCACCCCACCCAGAAGCCUGCAGCCCCCACCCGGCCGCCCAGACCCAGAGCUGACCAGCUCUCCCCGCCGAGGCCCCGCGAAGGACAAGAAGCUCCUGGCCACCAAUGGGACCCCUCUGCCCUGACCCCAGGGGGCCGGGGAAGGAGGGGAACCCCCUCCACCCCCCUUCCCUGCCCCCCAACUGUGAAUCUGUAAAUAGGGCCCAAGGAGUAUGUAGGGAGGGGAGAGAUACAACAAACCCGGCCUUGCCCUACAAGGAUGGGGCUCAGGGGGCCGUGCCCAAUGGGGGGUGGUUCUAGGGGGGGCCGAGGGCGGGGGAGCUGUUUCUAUUUUAUUUAUUGAUUAAUUUAUUAUUUUAUUUAUUGAUCAAUCUCUCUGCAGGGUGGGGUGGGGGAGGGACGGGGGCUGGUUGGGGUGGCUUAGCAGAUCCGGACGGAGAGGGCCAUCUGUCCUUGUGUCCCCAACUCCUCCUUCCUGGGCCCCCCCUUCCCCGGUUCUCCCCCUUCCUCUCACAACCUUCUGUACGGAUUUGCUCUCCGGAAGGAAUUCUGGUUUCGCGUGA